CGGCCAUGUUACGGACCUGCGGAUGCCUGCGUAUAUUUGGAUAAUGAAAAUGCGUAAUUUUUAACCCCAAUACGGAAAUUUGAGCAAAAGUUACCUAUAUUCUGCGGACGAUACGGAUUAGUUACGGAUGUUACGUAUGAAUUACGGAUGUUACGGGUAAAACCUGCGGAUGAACCCAUCCGCUGCCAACCCGCUGACACAUGUUACUGACGACUUACGGAUGAUACGGAUGACGUACGGACGAUACGGAUGACUUACGGACGAUACGGAUAAGUUACGCUCGUGUCUGCGCAUGUCGGCUUCCUCUGGCGUCCGCACCAUCCGCAUAUAAACCCACGUGGAUCGGAGCUUGCUUCAGUCGCAUUUCAUCAAGUCUGAGAUCUAGUUCCAGUUAUUCAACAGUUUCUUCUCCAUCUUUUUGGACUUUCGUGUGCAUCAUGUCUGGCAGAAGAAGUAGCAGAAAAACUAGGAAGAAUCCUCCAGUGAGUGAGCAGCCACAACAGCCUCCCCAGGCAGAGGAAGAGGCUCAAAAGGUAGAAGAAGAGGGACCAUCCCUGGCAGAGCUGACGGUUCCCCCACCCCCCAAAGAUGACCGUGGCAAGGGACGUGGAAAAAAGGGCAAGGCAAGGGACAAGAGGAAGCGUAGAGAUUCCCAUGAAGACAGUGAUGCUGAGGAGGUCCAGUCGGAGGCAGCCCAGGAGGAGGCAGACUCGGAGGAUGAGGCAGAGUCAGAGGUGCCUGUGACAGAGAAGAAGUGGAGGAAAGCCAAGGCCCCAGCUGUGAACCUGACCCCAGAGCAGGAGGAGGACAUCUCUGAGUGGCUCAAGCUGAACCCUUGGCUGUGGGACAAAAAUGAGAAGGACUAUAGGCUCCGAGACACCAAGCAGGGCGGAUGCAAUGACAAGGCUGCAGAGAUGGGUCUGACUGCAGCCGAGUUGCGGCGCCGUAUCAAGACUCUGAAAGACAUUGCUGUGAAGGCGCUGAAGCCUCCCCCCUCCGGUGCAGGUGGCAGGAUCUGCACCCCCAGCAGCAGAGAUGUGUGGAGCUGUUUGGCUUUUUGGCCAAGAAGGUGGUGAGGAGGCCAGGCCGGACCACACUG